UCAGCAAAUCAAAUCACAUUAAAAAUGUUGUCAAAGAUUGUAAUUUUUUUAUUCGCGACUUCGUUCGUGCUCGCUUACUGUGAGCCGAUCGCAUAUCCAGACGCUGAACCUGAGGCUUUGGCUUUUGCUGAUGCUGAAGCAGAGCCACUUGCUUUGGCCGAUCCUGAAGCCGAACCAGAGGCAGAGGCACUUGCCGACCCGAUCGCUUAUGCGCUAAGAAAACGAUCAAAAAGACGAUCAAGUAGCAGCCUUCAAAAGAAUAAAUGUAUUAAAGUUAAGAGAUCGAAAGUAAGUGGCAGUAAAUGCAGCAAAUGCAGCAAAUGCAGCAAAUGCAGCAAAUGCUCCCGUAGCCGAAAAUGUAAGAGCAAGAAAUGUUGUAGACGAAAACGGUGCUCAACAACUGCAACAACUGCUUCAACUGCUUCAACCGCUUCCACCGCUUCGACAGCUUCCACUUAAGAAGUUUGACAUUUACUGGCAUGGCAACAAUAUAUGGAAUUUUGCAUUUCUUACGGAUUUGAUUUUCAUCCAAUGAUUAAUGAUCAUUUUUUAUUGUGUGAUUCACGCAUUAAGAAAAUUUAAUCGUUAUCUGACAUUAUUUAUUUUCUGCAACAUUAAUUAAAUAAACUUUAAGAAAUUGAAAAAUAGUGA